AUGAAUAGACUCGACUUUCUGGGCCUUCCCAGUCAGGAUCCCAAUCGAGUCAUCUCCUUCCCGGCCUCGCAGUCCCUUCACGCGUCCACCGCGUCGGCUGCCUUAGGCAACAAGACCGUCUCAACGGGUCUCCCCCAGCUCGACGAAGCAGUCACCCCGCCCAUCGAAGAUGAUCUCCAAGGCUUCGGGGAUCUGCAGAGCAAGGGCCUACCGUGUGGUCAUGUCACGGAGAUUUUCGGGCCUCCGGGAGCAGGCAAGACCGCCAUAGCCCUAAACACCGCAGCAACAGCCCUAGCCAAGGGCGAAACAGUCGUCUGGAUAGACACGGGCCCCCCACUCCCCGCCCGCCAACUCAACCGCCUUCUUGCUGCACAGCAACAACCAAACCAAUCUGACCCUAGCAUCCAAGCCAAAAACCUCAUUCACAUCCACACCCCAACCCUCCCGCAUCUCCUCUCCCUCAUCCACCACCCACCCCCCAACUUUCCCCCACCGUCCACCACCCUUUUGGUCGUCGACUCUAUCUCCGCCCCCUUCCCCCCCUACUUCCCCAACCCGAGCGACCAACGCGCCGCCCUCGGCGCCUCCUCGCAGGUGCAUGACAAAGCCCACAUUCAGUGGCUGGUCAACCGCAAAUGGAACGUGCUGAGCGAUCUGGCGACGCAGCUGGCCAAGCUGGCUAGUACAGCCGGCCGAGGCGGAGGAGGGAACAUGGCUGUGCUGGUGACGAACCAGACCCACACCCGGAUUCGGGGCCAGGAUGGGCUGUACGCUUUGGAUACUCCUUCGCCUCCACAAGCUGAACGACCAGAGCAGAUCGUCGUGGAAGCAAGCUCCACCCAAGAACCUGAAGCCUCGGCCAGUCAACGGAAGCGCAAAGCGGAAGAGAUCGCCGACAGCCAGGAUGAAGAGGACUCCGAGGGAGAAUUUGGAUGGAUUGACGGCGAAGAGGUGGAUGCUGGGUCGUUGGAUGGGAAUUGA